AUGCAGCAACUCGACCACCUUCAACGACCACUUCAAGACGCUGUCCACUCCCAGACGCCCGCGACAACUCUAGCGAACAACACCAAUCCAUCCUCUGGUCAGCCUUACGCCGCUGGGCCCUUGCCCAGACCGGCGCAGGCCCAGGCAACUACCGGCAGGAUGAGAUCGAGUAUCGCCUGCGUAAGGUGUAGGAGAAGCAAAGUCAAGUGCGUCAACAAUGGCGUCGGCACAACAUGCAGAAGCUGUGAGAACUCCGGCCGCGAAUGCUCAUACCCCUCCCCCGUGACGGGAGGCGGAGCCAGUCGAAGACGCGACAGCAUCCCAGGACGGAACGAUUCCUACGGUGAUUCUGAACGACGACAGAAGCAUAGGAAGAGUGCGCAUACUUUCGUUUCAAAUCCCUUGGCCGCACGCGACAGUCCAAGGCCUAUAAUGGAUGCUCUGGAUUCGAGGCUGCUUACACCCCAGAUCUGGAACGAGCUGUUUGAUAUCUUCCAGAUUCACUACUCCGCCGACUUGCCCUUUCUCCAUCCACCCUCGUUCUUGAAACCGCUGCGCAGUGCAACGGCCUUCCCUCCGCCUGCUACCGCCCCAGCCGAAGAUACCAAACCCUCUGUUGCGAAGCCACCCGCUCCAACCGAGUUCCUCUUGGCUUUCCUCGCUCUGACUACUCGCUUCCAUCCCAAACUUGUCGCACAUCACUCGCCUCCAACGUCGACCCGGGCCUCCAAUCCACUGAUCGCUUCUGAAUACUACGCUUCUGCCGCGGCCGAACGAAUGGCCGCCAUGUGGACGGAUAACAGGCCGCAUGACAUUGAGCACUGCCAGGCCAUGUUGAUGCUCGGGCUGCAUGAGUGGGGAAUGUGCAGAGGUGCAAAGGCGUGGCUCGCGGUAGGCUUGGCCAUCCGCGAAGCUCAGGCGAUGGGAUUGCAAUAUGAGCUCGACUUGGACGAUGAGCCGCUAUCUCGCUCACUCGCUCUCAAUGGAGAAGCCGAGAAGAUGGGUGUGGGUGCCAGCAGGAAGAGCUCUUCUACCAGCCAAUCGGCCGAGGAUGCCUUCAUCCAUCAGGAGAUUCGAAGACGGACUUUCUGGAGUUGCUACAUCAUGGAUCGAUACCUCAGCAGUGGCAAGUACAGGCCUCAGAUGUUGCAUGCCAAGGAAUUACGUAUUCAGCUACCUGCAAGUGAGAGGUCGUUCCUCUUCGCAGAGAAAGUUCGGACUCUGAUGCUGGGAGAGGAGGACAAGAUCAAUCCGGGUACUGGUCGCGCAGAAGUUCAGAGUCAACGGCAGCAGUCGGUCCUGCUCGGCACCGGCACGCCAGAGCCGAGCAUGGCACCGUCGCCACGAAGCUCGUUGAUGCGAGACGUUGAUGACGACAAGGGGAGGCUGGAGGUGGGAUCUGACGAAGGACUUGUGAGCCGAUAUGUCAAGAUUCUCGAAAUCUACGGCAAAGUGGUUCAAUGGUCAUGCGCUGGAGGCAGGAGGUGAGUAUUCGGGCCCUUCGGUCACGACCUCUUGACUAAUGCGAUUGCCAGAGUCGAAGAAUAUCCGCCUUGGGAUCAUCGCUGCCAGUUCCACAAGCUUGUCAACCAAUGCCGGGACUUCAAAGCCAGCCUUCCCCGACAGCACGCACUGACCCAUCAAAACACCCAGGCUCACAUCAGCAUGAAGACCUCGACGCCAUAUUUGCUCGUUCACACCGUCUACCUGCUAUGUCAGAUCAUGCUCCACCGAGAAUAUGUGCCCUUCAUUCCCAUCCGUUGCUCAAAACCCGAGGGACCAUUGGAUCCUCCGGUAUUCCCGUCGAACAAGUACGACGUUCCACCAGACUUCUGGACAGACAGCGCUCGGGACUGCUUUAGGUCUGCGCGCGAGAUUAUGGAUCUCGUCCGAACGUGUCAGGAGUGGAAUGCUCUUGUCGAAACGCCCAUCGUCGGAUUUUCCAUUUACACCGUGGCAUUUGUGGGCGUGUACUGUAUGAACUUCCCCUGGAUGGAUCCGGACGGGUACAUGUGCUCCAUCCCAGACUCAGCAGCGAGGCCAGAUCAGGCAAAGAGUAGCGUGAGCAAGGGAUUUGAAGCGGCACGCAAAGCACUGGAGAUGGUGGGAAACAUGCGCACCCGACUUCAUAUGGCAGACGGUUGGUUCAAGACAAUCAAUCGCAUGCACAAGUACUUUCGUCGCAUGAAGCUCGAUUAUCGCAAGAAUGCUCAGACUAUCGAGAGCUCCUCGGAGGGUGAUAGCCCGGUUAGCACACGGCACCUCAGUCUCCGUGAGGGUGGUUUAGGCGGUGGUCUGGACGAAUUCAAGCUGUUCGAGCGGACACUUUCCGACUUUGGAAAUCUUGAGGAUCAGGACGUGGAGAUGACCGAUGCGCGCCCUGAUUCGAGACCGCUCGACGCAGUGUACGACGAUAGCAGCGCCGGCACUACCGUGAAGAGCGAAGAGCCCGGCGAUCGAGGGGAGCGUCCACAUGCAUCAACGGAGCAAACCAAGAGUGAAGGCGGCGCAUGGAGCGCUAUUAACGCCGUGCCAGGUGCUCCGGCCAGUCGCCAGCCGAGCAUCUCAGCGACACCGUCCAGCGCCCAGUUCAGAAGCUACGAUUCCUACUCGCAAGGCCAACAACCACCUUCACAGCAAUCAAAGGGUCCACAGCCUCUACACAGCUAUCCUAACCACAUCAAUAACUUCCGUCCUGUUUACUCGGAGGCUUCUGGGUCUGCUGGCCCGCCUUCCAGUCUGACCUCGCCAGCCGCACAAUCCGCGACCGGGUCUACACCACAAUCUCGUCCUUCGCCGCCGUUUGAACGACAACAUCAGCACCAGCAACAUCCUCAUCAGCAGUCUUAUGGAGGUUGGGCAGCGCACAAUGCGCAGUACCCGAUGCAGGCGCCCCCGCCUCCACCCAAUCCGUAUACGAACGGCGUCACACACCAUCAUUCCCAUUCACACUCGCAUGCGACCACACCUACCCCACUGCAUCACCAUGCUGGGGUCCCGUAUCCAGCCCAUCAACAAUCAGGAUAUCCAACACCCGGGCAUCCAGGACCUCCAGGACACCCACAGCCCCAUACGCAGCCUCAGCAUGCCGUUCCUGGCGUGCAGCAGCCCGUGUGGGACCCGGUGACCAAAGAGCAAUGGCUCAACAGCAUCGACACCAGAUUGGGCGGUGAUGACGUUGCUGCGUUCGUCGACGGGGGCGAGCUUGCAGAAUGGGCGACCAUGGCCAGCGCUCAGGGCUUUGGAGGCGGCUGGCUGAGUACCGUCUGGGGAGGCGCCAGUUGA